AUGAAGGGGAAAAAGGCAAUUCAAUCAAAGUUCCCGACGGCACGGAUCAAAAAGAUCAUGCAGGAAGACGAAGAGAUCGGAAAGGUCGCUGCGGGUGCACCCAUCGUCAUCUCCCGCGCACUAGAACUAUUCCUCAAAGACAUCAUCCUCCAGACGACCACCAUCGCCCGCGAACAGAACACGAAAAAGAUCCAGCCCUACCACUUGAAACGACUGGCCAACGUGAAUAGGACGUACGAUUUCCUCGACGACGUCUUGGCCAAGUUUGUGGAUCCCACAGGAGGGGUCGUCAGCGGGGGUGCGGGGAGCGGGAGCGGGAAUGCUACAGGUGCAGGUGCAGGGGGAGGUACGACGGCCAAGGGGAAAUCGAGAGCCAAACCCGCCGAGUUGGAGUCUGACGAGGAGGAAGAGGAAGAAGAGGACGAGGACGAGGGUGGGUCGGAUGAAGCGGGGGUUGGAGCUGCAGGGACAGGGAGCGGAUGA